AUGAACUCCUCGACCCUCAGCGCCGCCAAGAACCGGCUCCGCGCAGUGAUCAAGCAGAGGCUCACGAGUAUCCCACACGACUCCGUCACGUCGCAAAGUGCCCAGGUAUUUCGGUCUCUAUCAAGAUUUGAGCCCUACGUCAAUGCCAAGCGCAUUGCCGUCUACCUAUCCAUGCCCAAUGGCGAGAUCCAGACGGAUCCCAUAGUCAGACAUGCCCUCUCGUCCGGGAAGCAGGUCUUCGUUCCCUACCUCCACAAGUCCGGCCUGCCUCCCGGCGAUGGCCCGGCCCGGCUCAUGGACAUGGUGAGUUUGAAGAGCAUAGCCGACUACGAAUCCCUCCAGCGGGACAAAUGGGGCAUCCCCAGCGUUGAUCCGGGGACAGUCGACCAGAGAGUGCGAAGCGUGGGAGAACUGGAGGGGAAGCCAACUGAGGACGCUCCACUGGACCUGAUCCUCAUGCCUGGGGUCGCCUUCGAUACGGAUCCCGAAUCAGGGGCGAUCCGGAGGCUGGGUCACGGCAAGGGCUUCUAUGACUACUUUCUUCACCGAUACGCACUGAGGGCGACCGAGGGCCAGAAAGCUUCCGACGGCCAUCCGGCUGUAUUGCUCUAUGCUCUAGCUCUGCGGGAACAGUUCCUCCCAGCCUCGUCAGAAGAAUCGGUCCCAGUUGGACCCCAUGACCAGCCCAUAGACGGCCUCUUCCUCGGGGAUGGCGAGUUCAAGCACUCGUCAACACACGCAGCCUAG